GUUGCUCUAUAAAUAGCUUAUACUAAGAGAGGAAUAUAACAUCCUCAAAGCAGCGCAUUCAAAGCAACAUAUAAUGGCCUUUUACAAAGCUGGUAUCCUUUCUCUCCUCCUAUUGUCUGGAAUAUUUCUCUUGGGAAUUGAGGUGGACUAUGCAAAUGCAAAGUCAUGUCUCCAAUUUUGUGAUGAUAAUGUGGCCUACAUGACUUGUCCCUCCUUAGGAGAUGAGCAAAUUAGUGGAGUAUGUGAAAAUUGUUGCACAGCAGAUGAAGGCUGCAAAUUAUUCCGUACUGAUGGAUCAUUAAUUUGUACUGGAACUAAAGACUUAUCCAUCCUUGUUAAUAUGUAAUGAUUGUUCUUGAGUGUACACCCCACCCUCAUCAUACCUCACUUUGUGAAAUUAUACUGAGUAUGUUAUUUUUAUUGUUAAUAUAUAAUAAAUAAAAUCUUUAUUAUCCGUAUACGUCGUAUGUAAUAAGGCCUGAGUUAUUAAUUGCUCUGGCGAUUACUAAUGUGUAAUUCUAAUAUUUUCACGCUAGAUAAUUUGU